AUGUCAGAGACAGACUCUGUGACGGACCAGCACACCAGAUCAGCUGGGAGUCACCAAAGAACAGCAGAACUGGCAGACACCCUGGAAGCGCCCGGAGAACCGCGGAUAUCCACGCGGCACGGAUGCUUCGUGACCCGCGGCAGGUGCGAAGAGACGUCGGGAGAACCGGCGGCAGCCACCGGCCGAGUGCUGUUGGUCAAGAAGAUCAUCAUGAAGGACGGAGCUGGGCUCCAGCAGGGCAUCGGCAGGCCCAGCGUGUAUCAUGCCGUGGUGGUGAUCUUCCUGGAGUUUUUCUCCUGGGGUUUACUCACCACACCCAUGCUCACUGUUUUGCAUGAAACAUUUCCCCAGCACACAUUCCUGAUGAAUGGACUCAUUCAGGGCGUGAAGGGUCUGCUGUCAUUCAUGUCUGCGCCUCUGAUUGGUGCGUUGUCAGACGUAUGGGGCAGGCGGUCCUUCCUUUUGGUCACCGUCUUCUUCACCUGUGCUCCAAUCCCUCUGAUGAGGCUCAGCCCCUGGUGGUACUUCGCCAUGAUCUCCAUGUCUGGAGCUUUCUCCGUGACUUUCUCAGUCAUCUUCGCCUACGUUGCCGAUGUUACGGAUGAGAGAGAGAGGAGUACAGCCUAUGGUCUGGUGUCGGCCACCUUUGCAGCCAGCCUGGUGACGAGCCCGGCCAUCGGAGCGUACCUUUCUGCCUGGUACGGGGACAAUCUGGUGGUUCUGGUGGCCACGCUGAUCGCUCUGGCUGACAUCUGCUUCAUCCUGCUGGCCGUGCCCGAGUCUUUGCCUGACAAGAUGAGGCUCAGCAGCUGGGGGACGCCCAUUUCCUGGGAGCAGGCCGACCCAUUUGCUUCUCUGAGGAAGGUGGGCCAGGACUCCACAGUCUUACUGAUCUGUAUCACCGUGUUCCUGUCUUACCUACCUGAGGCCGGACAGUACUCCAGUUUUUUCCUUUACCUGAGACAGGUCAUAAACUUCUCCUCAACGACCCUCGCUGUUUUUAUAGGAGUUGUGGGCAUUCUGUCCAUUGUAGCUCAGACUCUCUUCCUCACUCUGCUGAUGAGAACUCUGGGUACUAAAAACACUGUUCUGUUAGGUUUGGGCUUCCAGAUCCUUCAGCUGGCCUGGUACGGCUUUGGAUCAGAGCCAUGGAUGAUGUGGGCUGCUGGUGCUGUAGCAGCGAUGUCCUCCAUCACCUUCCCAGCAGUUUCUGCUUUGGUGUCACAGUCUGCUGAUCCCGAUAAACAAGGCGUGGUGCAGGGGAUGAUCACAGGCAUCAGAGGUCUGUGUAACGGCCUCGGCCCAGCUCUGUACGGAUUCAUCUUCUUUCUCUUCAACGUCGAGUUUAAUUCCAUGGACCCCAUCCAGGGAGACUACAACAUCGACCCCCUGCCACUGGACAGUCCCACUGAGCGAGCGCUAAUCCCAGGCCCGCCCUUCCUGUUAGGGGCAUGCACCGUGGUCAUCGCUUUCCUUGUCGCUCUCUUCAUCCCUGAGAAAACCUCUUGCUCCUCCUCUUCCUCCCAGCUGUCCCUCAAUGACAAGCCCCACCCUGACAGUAAAGAGUCCAUGUCCUCGCUGGCCGGUGUCCACAUCAACACGCCGCUGCCAGGCAGCGAUGAGGAGAGCCCGCCCGCAGCCUGCGACGCGGACUUUGAGCCGCUGCUGCACGACAGCAUCGUUUGAUGGACAGGUGGAGGGCGGGGCUAAAGGCGUGGUUUGAUCGAGUGACGCUUUGUAACAAAGAACACAUUUUUUUGCCGUCCGGCAGAACUAAGUGUACUUUUACUGAUUGGCUGGAGGGAGCUAUUUGCUGGAAGGUGGGACUAACAUUUUUAUUCACAGAUCUGUGACAUCAUGUGACCAGUGAGGUAAUGAUUCGUCAAAGAGCUGCGGACAAGAUGUCAUCAUGCGAUCGGAGAGAGGAAUCAAAGACGAUUAGUUGCCUGACAGGAAACAAGAGGAGGGACCAAGUUUUGUGUAGUUUUUUGGUUUUUUUGGGGUUUUUUAAUGGAGAAGGAGGCGUGGCUGGUUUAGGAUCUGCCCACUUUAACAGAAAGUAUAUUUGAAGUUUUCACUGAAGGGUUUUUGUUUAUCUUUAAUCUUUAAGAAAAGGUGUUUUUACCUUUUAGCUGUAUCAUUCUGACGCUGUGUUUUUCUCUGGUUCUUGUACAAAAGAAACACGUCUGCAUCGUACUUAAGGCAGCCAAAACAUCUGUGUUGAUUUAUACUCUCUCUUUUUAUUGUUGUUGUUGUUAAGGUUUCUUUUUUAGUUACAGGUAAUGCUAUUUUUUAAAUUUUUUUUAAUUGUACAGUAUCUUACUUGCUAUGAACUAAGAGUGCUAACUGAGGUGUGAAUGUGACAAGCUGAGAGACGAGUCAACCACCUGAAAUAUCAAUUUAAUCUUUUUGUUUCUUUCCUUCUUUAAAUGUAAACCAGAGCAAAACUAAAGCUCAGGCGAUCCAAAAGAUGCAUAUAAUUUUUUAAAAACUUUUUAUUCUCAACAGAGCCUCUUCACCACAUAGAUUUUACUUUUAUUUUUCCCACUUUAGUGUACCAGUUUGUGACUCUACCUCACAAUCAACCUUGUUUUUCUUAUCUUCCAUCACUUGUGUUUUAUUUUUUUAUCUUUCAAAGUCACUUUAUAAAAGUGCUGCUGACUGCUGGCAGUGGGAACAUCCUCACACGGCUGUACCUGUGGCCACCCAGUGUCUUUGCCUGUCUUCUUCUCUUCAACUGGGUGCUUUGCCUCCCUGUAUUUUCAUGCAAGUUUUACUUUUAACUUGCAAAAAUACUGCCGACACGAGGUGUAUGUGUUUCCCCUGGCAGCAGUGAUAAUUCCUGUGAAUGAACUUAUACUUGAAGCACCGGAGAGAGAUUCUACAAGAGCUUUAGAGAAGAUUUCCAACGUAUGCUGAGGAGUUUACAAGUGUAUAAAUGGCACAGAGUGUACAUAGUGACUGGCUUUAUGACCUUAAAAUGUAAAUGUACAUGUGAAAGAUAUUAUGGUUUGUAUAUAUUGUCACUGAGCUGUGGGAUUGGCUUGCUUGUUGUGGUUGUGUGGUAGCUCAGUGGGAUGAGGGUGGGGUGGUUCGACUACGCAGCUUAACUGUUACACAAGACCAACAGUCAUUUUUAAAUUCAUUCAGGUCACACGG